AUGCCUUGCUUAACACGUUUGGUGCGGAGGGUUCACGGAGGUGUGUUGCGCAAUUUUUUGUCGUAUCCACUUAAUGAAGUUAAUCCACUUGUUUUUUUGGAAAUUACGGUGGAAGGAGACGCAUUGGGUCGGAUAACUGUAGAACUUUUUCAUGAUACUGUGCCUAAAACUACUGAAAACUUUCGUUCACUAUGCACAGGUGAGCGUGGUCAUAGUCAAUGUCCUUUGUAUUACAAGGGGGUUCCAUUCCAUCGAAUCAUACCUGGAUUUAUCGUACAAGGUGGUGACAUUUUGACAAAAGAUGGUCGUAGCAAUGUUAGUGUUUUUGGAUUUCCCUUUACAGAUGAGAGUUUCAAGGGAAAAGCAGGAAAACAUCUUCCAGGCACCGUCGCAAUGGCACACAGUGGUCCCAAUCAAAAUGGCUCGCAAUUUUUCUUUAAUUUAAAAAGGAAUGAACAUUUGGAUGGAAAGUAUGUUGUAUGCGGGCAAGUAUUAGAAGGAUGGGAUGUGGUGGAGCGGGUGGCGGCUUUGUGUGGAUCACGCUGUGGUGUACCAGUGAGUCGUGCAUGGAUCACGGAUUGCGGACAAAGCAGCGGUGCAAAGCUUGAGGAAACAGAGAAAUCUCUUGCUGGGGAACGCACCUUGCACUCUAUGCCUGGGAAGGAGGUUCUAGACCUUAUUUCCCCACGAUACUAA